AUGUCAUCUUACUUCCGGGCGAUGCUGACAUCAGAUAUGAGAGAGAGUCGGACUGGCGUCUUAAAUCUGCCCACUGUCUCGGUGUCAGUGUUCCAGGAUGUUAUCAAAAUGUCUUUGUGUUCAGUGGAUCUUGUAAACGAAGACAACUGCGUCAACAUGUUAGACGCAGGCGAAAUGAUGCAGCUUGAUGACGUCAAAGAUCUGUGUCAUCGUUAUCUUAAGAAAAGUCUAGUGAUCAACGCCGACAACUGUCUACACUGGUGGAGACUUAUGAAUCGCUACAAUGUUCCUGAUUUGUCCAACAGAGCAGUCUCGUAUCUGACAAAAAACUUGACCGACUUUAUUGAAACAAAAAACAUUGUUCAUUUGUCAAAGACAGAACUCUUAGAAAUCUUGUCCAAUGAUGAUUUGAAAUGCAAGGAAGAUGUAAUUAUGAAAGGUGUCAUGAAGUGGCUUGAAGCAAAUAACCCGAAUGCAGAUGACGUAAAACGUAUCUUUGAAAUGACGAGAAUGGAUCUUGUUGAUCCACAGUUCCUCAUUCAAAACGUCGUUUUUUCUAAAUUCAUUUCUGAUAAUAACUGUGUGCAGCAAAUAAUAAAAAAUGCGCGGCGUUCAGAAGAUCUGACAACAGGUUGUAACAGCAGAUAUAUAUUUCAUAACAGACGUGUAGAUGUUUUCGUUUUACACUGGCACACUUCACUUCUAUCUUGUUUUACAUCAGAAGGAACAUGGGAAGACGUUCCACCUGCUCCAGUAAAUCCUGGUGCUUGGUAUUCAGCAGCAAGACUAGGUAACAAGAUCUACAUCACUGGUGGUGGCUGUAGAAGAAAAUGUACACUCGUCUACGACGUCUGUAGAAGAGAGUGGGAAACAGGUCCACAUCUCGAAGAACAACACUUUGUUCACUGCAUGACCACAGCUAAUUCUAAAGUGUAUGCAAUUGGUGGUAUGUACAGUAACACGAUUGAAGAGAUGAGCGAGAGUGACACACGCUGGCAGGUUGUUGGUGAUUUGAAUCAAAAGAGAGAGUUUGCAUUCGCUGCUACAGUUGGACGCAACAUUCUGGUGAUGGGUGGACUGAGUGGAGAAAGUGGAUCAGAUGUUAUCCAGUGUUUUAAUACAGCAACUCGCUGUGUGUCUAACCUCAGCUCACGUUUACCAUACAGCUCAAGGUGUCUGAGAGGUUCAGUUCACCUGUCUGAUAUAUAUCUGCUGGACAAUUAUGGAAAUGUGAUGAACGUCCAGGUCACUGACAGUGAUGGUGAAAUCAAGAUUCAAGUCAAGUCAACAGCAAAAUGGAAGUCAUUUGCCUAUUGGUUUGGUGUAUUAUGGCAGAAUGGAAGCUUGUUGUCCUUCAGUGGCUGGGACAGUAACUGUGAAAUUACAAGAUACAACCUGGCUGAACGGAAAGAACAACAUAUUACUUUCCCAGAAUCACCGAGAAGUGAUACUGUGUUUGGCGUUCUGCCAGUGUAUUAUGAAGCAGCGCGUCAAUAA